AUGCUUCUCCUCAUAUUACCGUUCCUUCGACUGAUCGCGACCGCCCAGCUUCCAGAGCGCAUGCGCGAAUCUCUUGCUUUUCAUGCAGCAAAUCUCCAUCCCAUUCGCAACUCGCAGAAUGAGCUUGUUAAACGUGGGUCCGAGCUGGAAAGGUUCUUCAGCCCCAGUCCAUCUAGUGCACAGCGUGCUGUACAUCAGGCUGGACGGCCUUCCUGUUAUGGCGGGUCCAGUCGUGUGUCGGUGCUCGGUCCAAGACCCCGAGGGGUGUCGGAGUUCCUGCAGAGACCUCGGGGCACUGCGGAAUGUGUGCCUCCAACAUCGCCACAGCGGUCCAUGGCCAAGUGCAGCAUGGUGCUCGCAAUCAAGCGAGGCAGCGACUGGCACCGGGUUGCUGAUGAGCAGCAGCGUUACGCGACACUUCGGAGCCAGGUUGAGGAGGCCGCGGUUGCGCUUCAGGACGCCGUCUACGCCGCAGCUGAACAGCUUGAGAGCCGGGAACGGGAGAAGGGAAGAUUGGACCCCGGCAAAUCCGUCGCUUUUGUAGCAGCUCCGAACAGCAACCUGCCGAGGCUGCUGGCGCAGCUGUUGAACAAGCCGGCUGGCGACGAGCCCCUUGAGGAGGCCGGAGCGGCGGCGGCGGCGGCGGCGGCGGCGGAUUCCCCACAACAACGAGGGCAUGGCUCUCGUUCUUGGAUUUCAGGGCUUUUCAUUUGCGCUCGCAUCCGGAGGCCGCAGGCUCUGAUAGACUUGCCCCCUGUUCGCGGGGACGCCACGGCAGCGGACUUCACCGCCGCCGCCGCCGCCGCCAAAUCGUCCAAUGUGGAUCCGCCGUCGCCGUCAACAGGACGCGGCGGAGUCGAAAUCGACGUGGGCGCCGAUAGCGGUGGCGACAGUGGCUCUGCCACAGCCGUUGCCGCCGCUGGACUUAAGCAGCUUGAGCCUCUCCCCUCGGCGCUUUUAGGAAGGGGGCCCCCGGGAGGCGUGCCCAUGCCCUCGACACGCCUCGGCGGCGCUCCCUUGACCACCGCCCUCGGCGGCGGCGACGACGCGGGUACUCCUGCUGCUGCUGCUGCUGCUGAUUCUCCUGGCGCUGCUGGUGGCGGUGGUGGUGGUGGUUGUGGUGUCUACAACAGCGACUGCAAUAACCCAACAGCACAUCUUCCGGAAGUACAUGAAUAUCGUCCGUUACCUGACCCACGGGAGCCAGCAGCACCGUUGUCGUCACCGUCGUACAGACCGUUAUGGACGCACGUGGCGGCGGCGGCGACGGCCCCCGGGGGACCUGUAUCAGGAGGUCCCCAUCCACAAGGUGCCGCUUGCUGGGAGGUGAAGGACCCCCUCCUCGCGCACGUCCACGUCCGCGGCUCCUUGUACCACGGCGGCUGUGGCGCUGGCGGAGGUGAAGGCUCCGUCGGCGGUACCCAAGGGGUCGCGUACGGCAAUUCGGCCGCCGCCGCUUCCGCCGCUGCCGCGGCCGCGGGCGUCGGCCGCUCGCUCUCUUCAUUGGGCUCAUCUCGACGUUACGGUGGCGGCGGCGGUAACUGCGGCGGCGGCGGCGGCGGCAGCAUCUACGCCGCUUCCGCCGCCCGCGCUGGCGGCGGCGCCAGCGGCGGGUAUCACGACCACGAACGUCUGGGCUACUCGUGCCCUACCUCACCCCAGAUCCGCGGCGGCUGCGGCGGCGGCGCCGUCAGUCCGCUGCCGAGAGGCAUGGGGCGCCCCGUCUGUGACGACGCAGGCGCUGGCGGCACGGCAGGGACCAGUGUGCCGGGUGUCUUGUACCGCAGCAUGGCGCCCGAUCUCUGGACGCACGACCCGUGGGACUUACUGGAGACGUACAGGUCGGCCGUAGGGCGUUACGUGAUUCAGUCUUGUAGUACUGUAAGUGGUUUCACGUUUUUCGAAUAA